UGAUGUGUAUUUGUAUAUACCUAUACGUAGUUAUAAGGCGUUUGCGCCGACUGCUUAGCCAGUAAUAAACUAGCUUGCGAACUAGACGGUUGUUUCACUCAUACAUCUCAGUGUCGAACGAGGAUUCUGAAGUACCCGCGCUAAGUGAAAAAGUGACAUGACGUUUUUUGGAAAUUUAACGAAUUUCGAUCACAAAACUGGCGAAUGGCAGAUAUUUCACAGCAAAUUAAAGCAAUUUUUUGUGGUGAAUAAAAUUUUGCAGGAAGGGGACAAGCGCGCCCUUUUAUGCACUCACUUAACGGACGAAACCUACCGCUUGUUACGUAACUUGGCUCAUCCAAAGGAAUUAGAGGAGCUCGAGUUCAAGGAGCUAGUGAAAUUACUCGACGGCCACUUCAAGAAGAAGCAGUGUACGUACGCUGAUAAGGCCAAGUUUUAUGCUGCGACGAGAGUACCAAGCGAGACUUUAGGGGACUGGGCGGCGCGAUUAAGAGGAUUGGCAACUUAUUGCAAUUUUGGCGCGGCUCUGGAAGCGAAUUUAGCAGAUCGUUUCAUCCUAGGCUUGGGCUCGGGGCCCGAGCGUGAUAAAUUAUUUGAAAAAACGGCUACCCUCUCGAUGGCGGAGGCUCUGGAGAUUGCAGAGAAAGCAGCGGUCGCUAGGGAAGCGAAGACGGAGUUGGCGGCAUCUUUCAAAGAAGAGCCCGUAUUUUAUGGGGCUAGUGGGAAUGGGCACGGCCGAGGCGGCUGGAACAAAGGACAUCGCGGCGGUAGCAACAGCGGUGGCGGAACCCGGCCGGCCGGAGGCGACCAGAGGCAGCGAGAUGAUUUCCGAUGUGCUGUUUGUGGAAUGAGAAACCAUGAUGAAGAUAGUUGCCGUUACAAGCGUUAUCGAUGCCAGAAAUGUGGAGUUAUAGGACAUUUAAAAAAAGUAUGUAAAAGCAAGCAUUCGCGCGUGAACUGCAUCGCCACUGAACUGGAGGAAAACGUGACCGUAGGAGCUGAGCAGUGCUGUAGGGAGUGCCAAAACUUUAAUUUAAGGAACUGAAUGGAAGUGGGGAGAGCGGCAGCGGGACGCCGUGCGCGCGGUGCGCCGCGAGCUGGCCUCGGAGCGCGUGCUGGCACACUUCGAGCCCAGCGCGCAGCUGGUUCUCAGCGCGGACGCCGGACCCGGGGGCCUGGGCGCUCUAUUGGCACAACGAGCCGCCGACGGACAGGAGCGACCGCUGGCGUUUGCAUCCCGCUCCCUCACCUCCAGCGAACGUAACUAUAGCCAGAUCCAGAAAGAGGCGGCCGCUUUGAUCUUCGCUGUAAAGCGUUUUCAUCAAUACCUAUACGGCCGUAGCGAACCUUUUAUUCUAAAAACCGACCACAGACCGCUAGUUUCCAUUUUCAAUCCCCAAACCGGAAUAUCAGCCACUACAGCCUUACGUCUUCAGAGGUACGCUAUUAUAUUGUCGGCGUAUAAUUAUACUGUGCAAUAUGUUUCUAGCCGUAAUAACUUAGUAGCAGACUAUUUUUCCCGCGCGCCCGUGGCGGACACGUACAGCGAUAGUGAUAAGGAAUUCGAUUCAUUAUGUGCACUACAUUUUUUAGAUUCGGUUUCAUCGGCGGUCACCGCGCAUGAUAUUAAAAGGGCUACCGAGGUCGAUUCAAUUCUUCAAACGGUAAUUAAAUAUAUGGACAAGGGUUGGCCGCGUAAAAUCAAUUGCAAAUCGGUCCAACCUUAUUAUAAUUGCAGAACCGAUUUACAAUUUCUAAAUGGAUCCUUAUUGCGGGGGCAUAAAGUCGUAAUUCCAGUAUCACUUAGAGGACGCAUGUUAAGCGAACUGCAUAGCACGCACUUAGGUAUUGUUAAAAUGAAAUGCGCGGCGCGCAGUAGGAUGUGGUGGCCGGGUAUCGACCAGGACAUCGAGCGCUGCGCGGGCGCGUGCCAGGCUUGCGUGGCGCUGCGGCCGGCCCCGCCGCGGGAGCCGCCCGCGCCGUGGCCGCGCGCGCCCGGUCCCUGGCACCGGGUACACAUCGAUUAUAUGACGAUAGGGCAAAGGGUAUAUUUAAUUGUGGUCGAUUCUUAUAGUAAAUGGGUGGAAUGUCUACACAUGCAAAAUGGCACUAGCACACAAUCAUUAAUAGCGAAAUUAAAAUACAUUUUCUCAGUAUUCGGUAUACCUAAAGUUUUAGUAUCGGAUAACGAUGUAAAAAUUAAUUGCGCUGAAUUUAGGUCAUUUUGUUCUAACAAUGGUAUAAAAUAUAUGAAUUCGCCUGUCUAUCAUGCCAAUAGCAACGGCCAAGCCGAGAAUUCCGUUCGCACAUGUAAAAAAAUGCUAAAAUAUAUUUUAAAACAAGAUGUAAUACCACACGUAGUACAUGAAAAAUUGUUAAAUUACUUGUUUGACUAUAGGAACUCUGUGCACUGUACGACCGGGGAAACUCCGGCCAAACUUAUGUUUGGAAGGGAGCUGAGAACUCGUCUUGAUUUAAUAUUACCCUCAGACAGUACCGCGAGCGCGAUUGAUAACGACACAGCAACAGCUGUUUGCACACAUAAGCGAAUAUUUCAAAUUGAUGACAUAGUUUGGGCUCGGUGGUACAGUGCAAGGAAAGAAAGUUGGGAGUUAGGUCAAAUUAAACAAAAAAUAGGUAAUAUGAUGUUUAAAAUAUAUGUAAACAAAUACGAUACGACCUGUAUAAGACAUGUGGAUCAGCUUUUAAAAUAUAAAGGUCAGGCUAUCGACAAUUUAUUUGAAGGGAAAAAUGACGUCUCUAACGAUCCUAUACCAUUGCCCACAUUUCCUUCCCCAUCUAUUUCAAGCAGUAUGCCAAUAUUACCUACCGAUUCAGCGGUGGAUAGUUCACCUCCCGCUGAAAUAGUUGUGGAGGAAAGGAGUGCAGAUGAAGCUGGGAAUGAAGUGUGGGCAGAGUGCGAGGGACAGACAGGUGAGUGCGGGCCGUCUGCGCACGAGCCCGCUGUCGCCGCGCCCCCGUCGUCGCCGGCGCAGCUGCCGAGCGCGGCCGCAGCGCGCGAUCCUAGUACGCCCGCGCCUGUCUUAGACGAGGGCCAAAGGCGAUAUAAUUUGCGCCCCAGAAAAAAGGU